AUGAUAACCAAUCCCGACUGUCUGCUAGCUCGAGUUCUCCUUGGGAAGUACUGUCAUAAAACCUCCCUUUUAAAAGUGAAGCCUUCGAAAGGAGCUUCACACAGAUGGACAGGUAUCCUGGCAGGCCGUGAUCUUCUCAUCUCUCAACUGGGAAGAGUAAUAGGAGACGGAACAGAAAUAAAGGUGUGGCAAGACUCCUGGAUUUCAACCUCUGCUCACUGUAUCCCGUUUGGGCCUAUAAAGGAAGGGGAUAGCGAUCUUCGUGUGUCUGACCUACUUGGACGAGGAACCUGCGAGUGGAACAAGGAUAUGGUUACUAGUAUCUUGCCAGAUUUUGCUGAGGAUAUUUUUAAACUGAAGCCUAGUAAAACAGGAGCUAGAGAUUCUUACAUCUGGUAUGCGGCAAACUCAAGACACUACUCGACGAAAUCAGGCUAUGCAGCUGCAAUGUCGGACCGAUCUCAGAACAGCAUCCCCAAGCUGCAACUCUUCCUCUGGAAGGCAACUAAAGGGGCUCUGCCAACGGGUGAUAAUCUCCGGAAGAGAGGAAUGCUGCUGAACACUAAUUGCAUCCAUUGUGGAAUGGUGGAAACGACAAAACACAUCUUUCUCCAUUGCCCCUUCGCUAGGCAAGUUUGGAGUCUGAUACCAAUAGCAACAGAUUUUGACUCCAUGCUCAUCCACUCCUUCACCGACGCUUUGACGGCUGCUGCAAACUGGCAAUGUCUACCACCGUGUGGUAUCACCGGAGAUCUCUUCUCGUGGGUGUGCUGGAACAUUUGGACCUCAAGAAACAAACUGCUCUUUGAAAAACGCCCAGCCUCAACUCUGCUGAUGAUGACCAAAGCUCUUUCUGAUGCAAGGGAAUGGACUAUCGCGCAAGGCUCGGCGGUGAAACCUUCGCUAACAACUCAGAUCCAGAGAAGACCACCGUCGCUUCCCCCUGAUACGGUGAUAUGCAACACGGAUGCGGCUUGGAAGGCAGAGACUUCAGCUGCGGGUCUUGCUUGGAUCUUCGACUCCCUCACUCCCCUGCUGAUCUCGUCUGGCCACCAACAUCAUCAUCAGGUCCCGUCGGCGAUCAUGGCUGAAGCCCUAGCGGUUAGGGGAGCUCUUUCUCACGCCCUUCACCUUGGCAUCUCAAAAGUCUGGCUCCGAUCAGACUCCUUAUCGCUCAUCAGAGCAAUUGAAUCGAUCUCCAAGCCGAUGCAGCUCUACGGAAUUUUAUCGGACAUCGUUUCGCUUUCUUCUUCCUUCUCGUUUUGCUUCUUUUCCUUUAUUCCUAGAGUUGAGAAUGGGCUUACAGACAAUCUAGCCAAAGCCUGUCUCUCAAAUGUUAUCACUUCUUGGGCCUGA